AUGCAGCAGGCCGUCCAUCUGUCCGGCAGCGCCAAUGACACAGCAGGAAAUCGUUCCGACUGUCCUCACGUGGUUCUGCCAGAAGAGCUAUUUUUCACCAUAUCUGUCAUCGGGGUCUUGGAGAAUCUGAUGGUCCUCCUGGCUGUGAUCCGGAAUAAGAACCUUCAGUCACCCACGUACCUCUUCAUCUGCAGCCUGGCCAUGUCUGACAUGCUGGGCAGCUUGUACAAAGUCCUGGAAAACGUCCUGAUUGUGCUCAGAAACAGGGGGCACCUCGAGCCUCGGGGCCGCUUCGAGACCACAGCGGAUGAUGUGGUCGACUCCCUGUUCGUCCUCUCCCUGCUGGGCUCCAUCUGCAGCCUGUGUGUGAUCGCAGCAGACCGCUACCUCACCAUCUUCCACGCCCUGCAGUACCCCCGCAUCGUGACCCUGCGCCGUGCCGCCUUGGUCCUGGCGGUCAUCUGGGCCUGCUGCACAGCCAGCGGCAUCGCCAUCGUGGCCUUCUUCCACCACGUGCCCACGGUGAUCGCCUUCACGGCGCUGUUUCCUCUGAUGCUGGCCGUCACCCUGUGCCUCUAUGUGCACAUGUUCCUGCUGGCCCGCUCCCACGCCAGGAGGACCACCACCCUCCCCAGGGCCAACAUGAGAGGGGCCCUCACACUGACCGUCCUGCUUGGGGUCUUCAUCGUCUGCUGGGCCCCCUUUGUCCUGCACGUCCUCCUGGUGACGUUCUGCCCUGCCGACCCCUACUGUGCCUGCUACAUGUCCCUCUUCCAGGUGAACGGCAUGCUAAUCAUGUGCAACGCCGUCAUCGACCCCUUCAUAUACGCCUUCCGGAGCCCGGAGCUCAGGGACGCGUUCAAGAAGAUGAUUUUCUGCAGCAGGAGCCAGUAGCACGACGGCUCCUGAUUUAGGAGCCGUGGGGAAAGUACUGUCAAGGGCCGGCCAGCGUGUCCUUUCCCUCCCUGAACACGCCAGGGGCACCCGCUGGCUGUGCUCCUAACAGAUCGGCCCACCAGGGCGGCCUGCUGUGGGCACGACCUCUAUAGCCAGAGAGAG